AUGAAGUUUAAGUUUCUCUUUGCUUCUUUGCCGCUUCUAACACAAGGCCUUCCCUCACGCCAGUCUAACCCACUUUGGUACGAUCAAGGCCUCUAUGGGGCUUACCCUUGGCGUGAGUAUGUCUCGUUCGAUCUCGCCUCCCCCCGCGUCAACAUCCUGUCGGAAAGCACCCAAUGCGACCCCGGCUAUGUCUUUCUCGAGCCCCGCGGGAGGUCAGUCGCCACGCCCGGCCCAAUGAUUCUUGAUGGAGAUGGCAAUCUUGUGUACAUGGAGAAAAAGUGGGGUGAGGUCAUGGACCUCAGGCCUCAAACCUACAAGGGAGAGACGUAUCUUACCUUUUGGUCGGGAACCGAUGAUGGAACCCACGGGCGCGGAAUAUAUUACAUGCUCGAUUCCGCGUAUGAGGUCAAACACACUGUCAUCCCCGCCAAUGGCUUGGAAGGUGACCUUCAUGAGUUCGAAAUAACGCCAGAAGGUACCGCGCUCAUGACCAUUUACGAAAUCAUCCCGGCCGACCUCAGCUCUGUCGGUGGUCCCGUCGACGGUUGGAUCUACGAUGGCCUGUUCCAGGAAAUCGACAUCGAGACGGGCGCUCUCGUGUUCGAAUGGCGCGCAUCGAGCCACUACAGCGUCGACGAGUCCUUUGCGCCGCUGAAAGGCCAUGGCCGCAGCGAAGCCGAUGCCUGGGACUUCUUCCACAUCAACAGCGUCGACAAGGACCCGGCCACCGGCCUGUAUUACAUCUCCUCCCGCUACAUGCACACCGUCACCUGCAUCUCCCCCCACAACAGCGAGAACGGAACCGUACUCUGGCGCCUCGGCGGCAAGCGCAGCUCCUUCACCGACCUGGCCGGCGGCGCGGCGUCCGACUUCUCGUGGCAGCACCACGUGCGGCACUACGCCAACGACACGCUGACCAUCUUCGACAACGGCGCCUACGACAACAACGCCCACCUCGCCACCCCGCACGGCCACAGCCGCGCCCUGAUGGUGCGCCUUGACACGGAAGCGAUGACGGUCGACCUCGCCGCCGCCUUCGUCAGCCCGUCCGACAUCCUCGCCCACUCGCAGGGUUCGGUGCAGAUCUUGCCCAGCGGCAACGUCUUCGUCGGCUGGGGCCACUCGGCCGCGUACACCGAGUACAAGCUCACCGCCGACGGCGAGGUCGAGGUCCUGUGCGACACGCACUUCGGCAGCGCUGCUUUCUUCGGCUGGGGCUGGGUCAAGUCUUAUCGCGCGUUCAAGAGCGCGGAUUGGAAGGGCUUGCCCAAGACAAAGCCAGAUGUCGCGGUGAAGAGGAAUAGGGUGUUCGUCAGCUGGAACGGCGCGACGGAGGUGAGGCGGUGGAGGUUGAUGGGUGCGGCGAAUGCGGGGGUGGAGGAUGAGGAGUGGGUGGUUAUGGAGGAGGUGGAGAAGGAAGGUUUUGAGAGCAUGAUGCAUUUGGUGGGGAAGAAGGGGGUGGAGGUUGUGCGGGUGCAGGCGUUGGAUGGGAGCGGUAACGUGUUGGAGACGAGUGAGGUGGUGGAUCGGAGCACUGGGCAAGUGGUCGACGGCGAGUUCAAGCCCAUCCAGGACCGCGAUGUCGUCGCAUUGCAGCUACUGCUCGCUCUCCUUGCGUGCAUGUCGUUUGGCCUCAUUGUUUGGGCUUGCUGGCUCCCAGCAACCCGAUUCUCCAGGGGCCGUGUAAGGUAUCAGCGGGUUCACAUAUGA